GGGGCCGGGGGCGGGCGCAGCUCUUAGCGCGGUCCCGCCCGCACAAGUUGCAAACGGCGGCGAGAGCGGCGGCGGGGACGGGCGAGCACGAAGCGCCGCUCGGUGCCGGGGCCGCAGCCCCGCCAUGGGCAACGCGGCCGGGGGGCUGGAGGGGGGCGCGGCCCCGCGGGAGCCCCGCGACCCCCGCCCGCAGCCCGGGGCCGCCCCCGCCGCCGCCGGCCCGGUGCCGCCCCCCCGGCAGCCCAUGCCCGGUGCCGCCGAGCUGGAGGAGCGCUUCGGCCGCGUCCUGAAUUCCAUGAACCUGCCCCCGGACAAGAUGAAGCUGCUUAACCAGUACGACAACGAGAAGAAGUGGGAGCUGAUCUGUGACCAGGAGCGUUUCCAGGUGAAGAACCCUCCGUCCGCCUACAUCCAGAAGCUGAGGAGCUACUUGGACACAGGGGGUGUCAGCAGGAAGUUCAAGAGACGAGUGCAGGAGUCGACGCAGGUGCUCCGGGAGCUGGAGAUCUCCCUGAGGACCAACUACAUCGGCUGGGUCCAGGAGUUCCUCAACGAGGAGAACAAGGGGCUGGACGUGCUGCUGGAGUACCUCGCCUUUGCCCAGUGCUCUGUCGCGUACGACAUGGAGAGCGCAGAGAGCAGCCCCGGCUCCGACAAGGGCAAGGAGCGGUCGCUGGAGGAUCUGAACAAAAGCUCGUCCCCCACGCAGGGCUCCUCCAAGGCGCGGCCCCUCACUGUGAGGCUGAGCUCCUCGCACGGCAGGAAGGCGCUGCGCAACUCGCGGCUCGUCAGCCAGAAGGACGAUGUCCAUGUGUGCAUCAUGUGCCUCCGCGCCAUCAUGAACUACCAGUCUGGCUUCAGCCUGGUGAUGAACCACCCAGCCUGUGUCAACGAGAUCACCCUGAGCCUCAACAACAAGAGCGCCAGGACCAAGGCUCUGGUGCUGGAGCUGCUGGCCGCUGUCUGCCUGGUCCGAGGUGGCCACGACAUCAUCCUGGCUGCCUUUGACAACUUCAAGGAGGUCUGCGGGGAGAAGAACCGCUUUGAGAAGCUGAUGGAGUAUUUCCGAAAUGAGGACACCAACAUUGACUUCAUGGUGGCCUGCAUGCAGUUCAUCAACAUCGUGGUGCACUCGGUGGAGAACAUGAACUUCCGCGUGUUCCUGCAGUACGAGUUCACCCACCUGGGGCUGGACCAGUACCUGGAGAGUCUGCGCCUCACCGAGAGCGACAAGCUGCAGGUGCAGAUCCAAGCCUACCUGGACAACGUCUUCGACGUGGGGGCCAUGCUGGAGGACUCGGAGACCAAGACAGCGGUGCUGGAGCACAUGGAGGAGCUGCAGGAGCACGUCAGCCAGCUGACAGAGAAGCUGCAGAAUGCGGAGAACGACUCCAUGGCCAAGAUAGCGGAGCUGGAGAAGCAGCUGAGCCAGGCGCGGCGGGAGCUGGAGGCACUGCGGGAGCAGCUGAGCCCCCCGCGGCCGCCCAGCCCGCCGUCCCCCCAGCCCCAGGAGUGCUACCGGCUGGCGCUGGAGCGGCGGCUGGCGGAGCUGGAGGAGAAGGGGCUGGUGCAGAUACUGCGUGGGCCCGACGGAGACGUCGCCAUCGAAAUUGUCCCCGUUGUCAUAGAAACCCCUGCAAGCCCCGUGGCUUCUGGAGAGGCCACUGCCACCACCGCCACCACCGCCACCUGCGCAGAUGCUCCGGCUCUGGCUCCAGCCCCACCUCCCCCACCAGCGCCUGCUGCCCCCCCGCCCCCACCCCCUCCACCCCCCCCACCUCUGCCGGGGGCUGAGCCCAUCCCUCCCCCACCCCCUGCCCCCCCUCUGCCCGCAGGCAGCCCCCCCCCAGCUCCCCCCCUCCCGGGUGCCCCAGUGCCACCACCCCCCCCACCGCUCCCGGGGGGCCCGGGGGGCUCCGUGCCUCCCCCACCCCCACCCCCACCCCUCGGUGGGGAGCCCCCAGCCGGGCCGGGUGCGCCCCCCAAUGCCAAUGGUUCAGUGAAGGUGAAGAAGCCGAUCCAGACCAAGUUCCGCAUGCCCGUCUUCAACUGGGUGGCCCUGAAGCCGAGCCAGAUCGACGGCACCGUCUUCACCGAGCUCAACGAUGAGAAGGUGCUGCAGGAGCUGGACAUGAGUGACUUUGAGGAGCAGUUCAAGACCAAGGCGCAGGGCCCCGCCCUGGACAUCAGCGCCCUGAAGGCCAAGGCCACGCAGAAGGCGCCCAGCAAGGUGACCCUCAUGGAGUCCAACCGGGCCAAGAACUUGGCCAUCACCCUGCGCAAGGCUGGCCGCAGCGUCCAGGACAUCUGCACGGCCAUCGAGACGUACGAGCAGCAAGCCCUGAGCCUGGACUUCCUGGAGCUGCUGCUGCGCUUCCUGCCCACCGAGUACGAGCGGAGCCUGAUCGGGAAGUUCGAGCGGGAGCAGCGGCCGCCGGAGGAGCUCUCGGAGGAGGAUCAGUUCAUGAUCCGCUUCAGCAAGAUCCCGCGGCUGGCCGAGCGCAUGAACGUCAUGAUCUUCCUGGGCAGCUUCGGCGACACGGCCCAGCUGCUGAUGCCGCAACUCAACGCCAUCAUCGCCGCCUCCAUGUCCCUCAAGUCCUCCAGCAAACUGCGCCACAUCCUGGAGAUUGUGCUGGCCUUCGGGAACUACAUGAACAGCAGCAAGCGUGGGGCUGCCUAUGGCUUCCGGCUGCAGAGCCUUGAUGCGCUCCUGGAGAUGAAGUCGACAGACCGCAAGCAGACGCUGCUGCACUACCUGGUGCGGGUGAUCAUGGAGAAGUACCCGGAGCUCACCGGCUUCCACACCGAGCUGCACUUCCUUGACAAGGCAGGCACAGUGUCCCUGGACGGUGUCCUGCAAGACGUGCGGAGCCUGCAGCAGGGCAUGGAGCUGACCCGCAGGGAGUUCAUGAGGCAGGACGACAGCCCCGUGCUCAAGGACUUCCUCAAGGUCAACUCGGAGGUGAUGGAGAAGCUGCAGGCUGACAGCAAAACUGCCAAGGAAGCAUAUGAGUCAGCUGUGGAGUAUUUCGGGGAGAACCCCAAGACCAGUCCCCCCACCACCUUCUUCCCCAUGUUCCUGCGCUUCAUCAAAGCCUACAAGAAAGCAGAGCAGGACAUCGAGCUGUGGAAGAAACAAGAGGCUGCAGCCAAAGAGGCGGAAUCCGGCUCCCCCGGCAGCGAGCAGCAGCCUGAGCUGCCUGCCCAGAAGGCCAGGAGGCAGCAGAUGGACAUGAUUGCUGAGCUGAAGAAGAAGCAGAUGGUGAAGGAGCCGCUCAUCUACGAAGGCAAAGAUGGGGCCAUUGAGGAUAUAAUUUCAGCUCUCAAAACUGUCCCUUUCACUGCCCGGACGGGCAAACGCUCGUCGCGGCUCUUCUGCGACGUGAGCUUCAACGAGGAGAGUCCUCUGUAGAUCUGCGGAACAACCCGUACCGGCGGGGGGACAAGGCCCGCGGCAGCGCCAAGAAACGCGCGGCGGGGCAGAGCCUGCAGGCGACACCGGACAUCGCGCUGUGACGGGGUCCAGCGGGUGAUGGACCAUCCUCCGGACGGGGAUGGCACCGCGGGGUGUCAGUCCCUCAGCCCGGGGCUCGGCGGGGCGGGGGGACAGUGCCCGCUCCGAGCUGCUCCAGCACCCCGGCGCUUGCUUGGCCAUGUCCCUGAGCUCCUUUCCCCAGGCUGGCAGGGCUGGGGGCCCUCCUGGCUACGGACAAAAAGGGUCCCAGCUUGUCCUAGAAGGAACAGAGGGGCUGUCCCAUCCCUACCCCACGCCGGCCGCGUGUCCCAGCUCAGCUUGCUGGUGCCUUUGCUGCCGCUGCGGGAGGGGAGGAGGUGUCAGCCAGGCACAAAAAUCCCCGCACAUCUCCCCCGCACAUCUCCCCCGGCCCGCAGAGCCCCCCGAGAGCCGCAGAGCCAGCCAGGAGCUGCCGCAGAGCUGCCACCUCCCGGAGCCAGGGCUGGCAGCGGUGCUAUUUUACAUGGUUUUAUAAGUCUUCCUUCGAAUUUCUCCGUGCUGCGGCAGCAGGGAUUGGAACACCCACACACAGGGUGUCCCCAAGGCUGUGGCGAGCAGCGCUGGGCUGCGACAAUCAGCAGCAGGGACAAUUCCUGCGAGGUGGUGGCACCUCCGCGUCCCCAGCAUCCACCUGCACUGCCGGGGCUGGCACCUCUGGGAUACACAGGGACUGUCAGCCCCGCGGGCUCCCCGUUUUCUUGGGUGGGACAGCCCCCAGCCCCGUCAUCCCAAAGGCUGUGGGGUCCCUGCCCAGAGCCCCAGAGCCUCUCGGUACCGGACUGGACCCGAGUGCCGCUCCCUCCCUGCCCCGCUGCUGCCGAAUAACCCCGAGCCGAACCUCCCGCUGCAUUUACUCCAUCAAAGCCCCAUCCCUCCUCCUGUCCCUCCUCCCGUCCUUUCUCCCUCGUCCCAGCUUUAGCCACAGCAGCCGCUGCUUUCUGCUGUAUUUAAGCCGCUUCAGCGCCGGCUCCGUGUCCGGGGAGGGAUGGGAAAUGAAUGUGUAACUUAUAAAUGCCUUUAAGCCAGAAAUGUAAACCAUUAACUGCUCAUUUGUAUACAUUAUUUUUAUAUACUGAAGGCCUGUUUAAUCUAAAGCAGAGCUGGAAAUAAAAUGCCUCAGAGGAUAA